AUGGGACAAUCAAAUGAAACAUUUGACCAGGAUCCAGACUCACGAAAGGAGGAAACCUGCUCUCCAAAUGUUGUUCAGGAAUCUACUGAAUAUGCUGAUUCAAUAAAAUAUUCGAUUCACGAUCUGCUGUCCAACCAAACAGAAAAUAGCUUUUUGCGUAAUGCUACAAAUAACCUUAAAACAAGGGAGCAUUCUAGGCAACGGAGUCGAAGUAAUCAAGGAUCAGGACGAAGAUCUUCUGGUAGACGCAAAUCCAGAACAAACUCGCAAACCCGUCGGGGAGCCUCUGGGAGAAGACAACAAAGAUCGAGAAGCAAUUCCAGAAAACGAUCGAAUUCCAGAAGAAGUAGAAGACGAUCAAGAAAACAAGGCAGUCAACCGAGAAACGGUUCUGGCAGAAGUCGUCGUGGGGGUAAGACAACCCCUAUGCCUGAUCCUUCUCAAGAUCCCAUUCCGUCUACAGCAAGUAAGCAAUCUAAAAAGGGAAACGGUCAACCAAGAAAAAGUUCUGGCAGAGGGCAUAGCGGUGCUCAGACAACUUCUAAAUCUGAUUUCUCAUCUGAUACACAUCCAUCUCCAGCAAACGCAUUACCUGAAGACAAAGAAGAAUAG